GAGCAGACAGCCUAUGUUACACGUGAGAAAACGGUUCAAAACACAAGAUGGAUAUUACAGAGAUUCCCAAAAAGCAGGACAUGAAAGGUAAGAAAAAAAAGAAUAAAACUCCAAAAGAGGAGAGUGUGAGUCCGGAGGGGAACGUAGAGAGCAGCGGGGUGGAGGAGAAGAAGAUGGAGCCGACCGAGUCAGCGACUACUUUUCCUCCCAUCUUCAGUGUGUCCGAAAUCAAGAACAAACAGCGAAGACAUGUGAUGUUCAUGAAAUUCAAGCAGGAGAAAAGAAAGCAAAAGCUGCUGCUGAGGAAAAAAAGAAAGAAGGAAAGAGAAGCUUUAGGCGAUAAGGCACCACCAAAGGAAGUUCCGAAAACGAUAGAAAACCAGAGAGUGUUUGAUGAGACAACAGUUGACCCACAAGAUGAAGAGGUUGCAUUCGACGAAGGAACCGAUGAAUUUUCUGCCUACUUCAACGGGCUGACAAACCCCAAAGUGCUCAUCACAACAUCAGACAGACCCAGAGGGAGGACGGUGAGGUUUUGUGAGCAGCUGGCCACGGUAAUCCCAAAUGCCCACGUUUACUACAGAAGAGGUUUGGCUCUGAAGAGGAUCAUUCCCCAGUGCAUCGCCAGGAAUUUCACCUACCUUAUGGUCAUCAACGAGGAUCGCCAAGUCCCCAAUGGCUUGGUUCUUUGUCACCUUCCUGAUGGGCCGACUGCACACUUCAAAAUCAGUAGUGUUCGACUACGCAAGGAGAUGAAGAGACGGGGUAAAGAUCCAACUGAACACUAUCCAGAAGUAAUCCUCAAUAACUUCACCACCCGUCUGGGACACACCAUUGGCCGCUUAUUUGCUGCCCUCUUUCCACAAGACCCUCAGUUUGUGGGCCGACAGGUGGCCACUUUCCACAACCAGAGAGACUUCAUCUUUUUCAGAUUCCACAGGUAUAUUUUCAAGAAUGAGAAGAAAGUUGGUAUUCAGGAGUUGGGACCUCGCUUCACCCUCAAGCUGCGAUCUCUACAAAAAGGCACCUUCGACUCAAAGUACGGAGAGUACGAGUGGGUGCUCAAGCGCCAUGAGAUGGAUGCCUGCAGGCGGAAGUUCCAGCUUUGAAUUCUUGUGGUCAUACGAGGAUGUCUUCUUCUUAUAUUUAAACAGACUACAAUUAUUUGUGGACUUGCACAAAUUGACUUUAUAAUAUCCCAAAUUCUUAGAUGAAAAAGUCUUGUCACACUUAAAAUUUUCUCACCCUUAUUCCUCUUCUUUUCUUUUUUUUUAUCUGGACUAUUGAUAUUGAUGUCUGGCAACAGUUUAUAUGAAACUACAUCCACAGUGCACCUCUUGCCUCAAGUUUUAACUUACAGGUCUGAGUUUAAGGCUGGAAGAGACUCGAUUUGUGAGUGUUGUGAUUUCUUGAAACGUCUGUUUUAGGUCAAAGUGAAAUUGACUACAAGUAUUGUAACUUGAUCCAGAAA